UCUUCCCUCCAAAAUUCCCAUUUCUUUCCCUCUUAAUUCCCUUUUUCUUCUUUCCCCUGAAAUUUCUCUCUUUUUCUCUCCAAAAUUCCAACCUUUUUUGUCUCAAAUUCCCCUUUUUUCCCCCCCAAAAUUCGUGAUUUUUCUCUCCAAAUUCUCUUUUUUCUCCAGGAAAUUCUGUCUUUUCCCCUCAGAUUUUCCUCAUUUUACCUUCCAGAUUUCCUCAUUCUUUUCUCCCAAAUUCCCAUUUUCCCCAAAAAAAUCCAUUUCCUUUCCCCUCAAAAUUCCCUGUGUUUUCCCCCAAAAUUUUCCAGAUUUUUCCCAACUUUUCUCCUGAUUUUUUUGCCUGAUUUCCGCCCUAUUUUUCUUCCCAUUUCAUUUGAUUUUUCCCUGACUUUUUUAUCUUUUCCUCCUAUUUUCUCCCUGAUCUUUCCCAGUUUUUUUCCCCAGUUUUGCUUUGUUUUUUUCUCGGAUUUUUUCCCAUUUUCCCCCCAUUCCCCCCCAGAAUUCUGAAACCCUUCCCGAAAUUCCCAAAAUUCCCAAAAUUCCCAAAAUUCUCAAUUUUUUUCCCCACAGCUCCAUGGAAAACCCAGCCUUCGAAAUGCACAGCGGGAGUGUUCCCACAUUAUCCCGGAGCAAAGAGGUACCAAAACAUUCCCAAAGAAAACCGGGAAGAUCCUCAAUGAGGUUUUUCCUGCUCUGUCUCCUGGCUUCCAUCAUCACCACCACCAUCGGGAUUUUGGUGCUUUCGCUGAUUUUUCGAGAUUAUCAGGAAUUUCCAAAGGAUUCCGGCGGGGAUGAGGCUCCGGGAGGGGAUCCCGAGGGAAAAGUGGAUCCCAAAUUUCGGUUCCUGUAUCAACUGAGGAAAUCUAAGGUGCACAAAUACCCCGGAGGUGAAAUCCAAUGGGCGCGAUUCCGGCGGAAUUCCCAGGAAUACGAAAACCUGGAAUUUCAGGAAUUUGGGAAUUUCCUGCACUCCCACAAAUCCCAGCUGACGCUGGGAACGCUGCGGAUCUGGAGCCGGGGGCUGCGAGCCCCGCACUGGCAUUUCAACGCCAACGAGCACGGAAUCGUCCUCCAGGGCUCGGCGUGGGUGGGGAUCAUUGGCCCGGACGACUCGAGGGCUGUCACCUUCAACGUGACGCGGGGCCAGGUCGUUUUCUUCCCCCGCAAUUCCGUGCACUGGGUGAAGAACGUGGGCGCCGGGGAUCUGCUCCUCCUGCUCUUCUUCUCCACACACGAGGAGCUGCUCACCCUCGACGUGGACGACGCCUUCUACUCCACGCCCGAGGACGUGGCAGCCAGGGCUCUGAAGCCCGAAGGGGGCGUGGCGUUCAUCAGGACAUUCCAGAAGCCGCAGGAGGACCAGGCCAUCAACCUGCCCAAAAACCUGGAUCAGCUCAUCCACAACUCCAGUUACCCCCAGUCCAGUGACUCCCAGGUCUGGAAGUUCUUCUAUGACCUGCCAGCAUCCCCGGAGUUCCCUUUCCCGGGAGGAGUUUUCCAAUGGGCGAGAUUCCGGAAAAACGGGACGGGACUGACGCCGAAUCAGCAAAUCUACAGCCAAUCCCUCAACCAGCAUGAGAACACACUGACCUUGGCCACGCUGCGGAUUUUUGGGAAUAAUCUGGGAGUUCCUCAUUUCCACUUCAACGCCAACGAGAUGGGAGUGGUGGUCAGCGGCUGUGGACUGGUGGGAGUGAUCACCUCCGACGAGAAGUUCGAGUUCACCGUCGGGGUCGGCGACGUCGUUUUCUUCCCGGUGGGAUCCCAACAUUUCAUCCAAAGUUUCUGCCAGGAGGAUUUGCUCCUGGUGCUUGCCUACAGCACAGGAAAUGAGCUGGAGACUCUCCGGAUGAAUCAAUAUUUCCACGGGACAGCCGAUCACAUCCUGGCCCAGCUCUUCUCCAAGGAUCAAGUGGAAUUCCAGAAAAUUCCAAAGAAAUCCCAAUAAUUCCCCAAAAAAUCCGGGAUUUUGGUGCUCUUGGGAUGAAUAAAAAGUGGGAUUUUGGGUGUAUUUAUCCCAGCUUUUCAUGGAUUUGGGGAAAUUUCAUUUUUUUGGGAAUUUCUGUGGGGGUUUUAGGGAAUUUUGGGGAAAUUUAUAGGAUUUUUUGGGAGAUUUUAGGAAAUAUGUUUGGGAUUUAUGGGUAGUUUUUACUGGGAAUUCCAGGAAGAAAUUAGGGAAUUUGGGGGGGGAAUUUCAGAGGGAUUUU